AUGCGCGGUUUCCCUAGCUUCUCCUCUCGUGCUUCCAGCAAACGGCAAAGUUUUCUUCGCUUUAAAAAACGUAAGGUUCGAAUGCAGCCUAAUAAAUCAUCCAGCAGCUCAUCGGCAGACUGUGAGACUACUGCUCUAGGGUGCGCAGAAGCCAGCCUCAACGCCCUUUUCGCCGCGACGACCCUCACGCGAGUCCCAUCUAAAGGGUUAGAUAGCGACAAGAUCAAGGCAACGACAAAGAAGAAGAAGAAAAAGGACAACCCUGGUGAAAUCCUGUUGGUUGCUUCUACUGCCAGCAAGGUAGUCUCUGGUACUGUCGAUAUGGAUGCGAAGGCGGAAAAGCUCUCGCAGAUGCAUCCAUCAGCCCGGAAUGAAUAUGCUGCCCUACGCAAGGAGCACCCGAAACUGCCAGAGGAACCGGAUCUGCGUGCUGGAAUUUUGCUUCUUGUGACGGAGUCCAGCGGAGAAGUGAAGAUCGGGAAAUGCGAUGGAGAGCCGGGGUGUGAGCCAGCCUCGAGGAUCGGGAGUUUGAAGCGAAAGAAGAAAUCUGACUUGUAG